CCUGGAUUUUGCUCUGGAAGUCUGUCCUGCCCGCUUCUGCAAUCGGGCGCUAUGCAUCCAGUUGCUGGACCCUUACAGACACUGCUGUAUGUUACUCUCCCGAUGCUGUGCUCUUCCAUGAGUCCAGACUUGGCACCUUAUUUUAUUUCUGAGCCAUUGUCUGCCGUCCAGAAACUUGGUGGACCCGUAGUACUGCAUUGUUCUGCUAAACCUGUGACUGCUCGUAUCUCAUGGCUGCAUAAUGGAAAAAGAUUGGACAGAAAUGUGGGACAGAUUAAGAUUCAUCAGGGGACGUUGACUAUCCUUUCUCUUAACCCCUCCCUUUCGGGUUAUUACCAGUGCAUUGCCAACAAUAGCAUUGGCGCCAUUGUGAGUGGUCCUGCAACCAUAUCCACUGCAGUUCUUGGUGAUUUUGGUUCAUCAACAAAGCAUGUUAUUACAGCAGAAGAAAAAAGUACUGGUUUCAUUGGCUGCAAGGUACCAGAUAGUAACCCCAAAGCUGAGGUGCGCUAUAAAAUCCGGGGAAAGUGGCUGAAACAUUCCACAGAGAAUUACUUAAUCCUUCCAUCAGGGAAUCUUCAGAUUUUGAAUGUAUCCUUAGAAGACAAGGGAUCAUAUAAAUGUGCAGCUUUUAAUCCUGUCACACAUGAAUUAAAAGUUGAACCCAUUGGCCAAAAGCUCCUUGUGAGUCGCCCUUCUUCAGAUGACUUUCACAUUCUUCACCCCGCCCUUUCACAGGCAUUAGCUGUUCUCUCUCGUAGCCCUGUGACCCUGGAGUGUGUGGUAAGUGGGAUCCCAGCUUCUCAUGUGCGCUGGCUGAAGGACGGUCAGGACGCUGUGCCGGGAAGCAAGUGGAGAAGGUUGUAUUCGCAUCUUGCCACGGACAGCAUUGAUCCGGAGGACUCUGGCAACUACUCCUGUGUGGUGGGAAACAAGUCUGGAGACACCAAACACGUGACUUACGUGGUGAAUGUACUUGAACAUGCUUCCAUUUCUAAAGGACUGCAGGAUCAGACAGUGUCUCUGGGUGCCACGGUACAAUUCACGUGUGAAGUUCAUGGGAACCCAACCCCCAACCGUACCUGGUUUCACAACGCACGGCCCAUUCGUCGUUCCCCACGACAUCUAACUGUGGGAAAUGGAUUGAAAAUCAGGGGUGUUACCAUGGAAGAUUCUGGGCUGUAUCAGUGUGUAGCAGAUAAUGGGAUUGGAUUUACGCAGUCUACUGGGAGACUGGAAAUUGAAAACGACAGUGGACUCAAGCCUGUUAUAAUUACAGCACCAGCAAGUGCAGAGGUGGACUCUGGAGGCUCCGUGACUUUCUCCUGCAAUGCCACCGGGGUGCCGGUUCCAGCCAUUCGUUGGUACGACAGGCAUGGAUUGAUAACCAGUCAUUUGUCUCAAGUUCUUAGAUCUAAAUCCCGAAAACCACACUUAUCAAGACCUGGAGGUUCUGACCUGGAGCCUGUGUACUUCAUCAUGUCCCAGGCUGGCUCAAGCUCUCUAUAUAUUCAGGCUGUUACUCGGGAACACGCUGGGAAAUAUACCUGCGAAGCUGCAAACGCACACGGCACCACACAGUCGGAAGCUGUCCUCACUGUUGUUCCUUUCGAAACAAAAGCAAAAGCAGAAAUAGUCACACCUUCUGAUCCCACUCAGAAUGAGAAAAAUGAUGGUUCAGAAACUGGACUAUUGAGCUCAUUUCCAUUGAAGGAACAUUCCAGUGCUACAGAAUCAUCAUCAGAGAGAAAUGCUAGUGGUACCUCUGUCCCCGAUGCCCCCAUCAUUCUGAGCCCCCCACAGACGCACACACCAGAUACGUACAACCUGGUCUGGAGGGCGGGGAAGGAUGGCGGGCUGCCCAUCAAUGCCUAUUUUCUGAAGUAUCGAAAGCUGGAAGAUGGUGUUGGCGUGGUGGGAAGAUGGCACACAGUUCGAGUCCCAGGAAGUGAAAAUGAGCUCCAUUUAACGGAACUGGAGCCAUCGAGUCUCUACGAAGUUUUGAUGGUGGCAAGGAGUGCAGCAGGUGAAGGACAGCCUGCCAUGCUCACCUUCCGAACCAGCAAAGAGAAAACAGCAUCUUCCAAAAGCACUCAGGCCUCCUCUCCACCUGUCGGCAUCCCUAAGCGCCCUGUUGUUUCAGAGGCUGCAGACAACUUUGGAGUGAUACUCACAGAUCCUUCCAGGCACAGUGGAGUCCCAGAGGCACCUGAUCGGCCCACUAUCUCCACUGCAUCAGAGACGUCCGUCUAUGUCACUUGGAUUCCUCGGGCAAAUGGGGGGUCUCCAAUCACUGCCUUCAAGGUCGAAUAUAAACGGAUGCGGACUAGCGAUUGGCUGGUGGCAGCUGAAGACAUUCCUCCUUCCAAACUUUCUGUGGAAGUGCGUAGUUUAGAGCCAGGUUCAACAUACAAAUUUAGGGUCAUUGCUGUCAACCAUUAUGGUGAGAGUUUUCGGAGUUCGGCCUCUCGUCCUUAUCAGGUGGCUGGGUUCCCCAAUCGUUUUUCUAACCGUCCGAUAACUGGACCUCACAUCGCAUACACAGAAGCUGUCAGUGAUACUCAGAUCAUGCUCAAGUGGACGUACAUUCCAUCAAGUAACAAUAACACUCCCAUUCAAGGAUUUUAUAUCUAUUACCGGCCAACAGAUAGUGACAAUGACAGUGAUUACAAGAGGGAUAUUGUAGAAGGUUCAAAGCAGUGGCACAUGAUAGGCCACCUGCAGCCAGAAACCUCCUAUGAUAUUAAAAUGCAAUGCUUCAAUGAAGGAGGAGAGAGCGAGUUUAGUAACGUGAUGAUCUGUGAGACGAAAGUGAAACGGGUUCCUGGAGCUUCUGAGUACCCUGUCAAAGACCUGAGCACCCCUCCAAAUUCUUCGGGGAGUGGAGGAAAUGCUGGGCCCGCAAGCAGUCCCGCCAGAAGCAGUGACAUGCUGUAUCUGAUCGUCGGCUGCGUUCUGGGCGUAAUGGUGCUCAUCCUCAUGGCUUUCAUUGCCAUGUGCCUGUGGAAGAACCGCCAGCAGAAUCCCAUACAGAAAUAUGACCCACCAGGCUAUCUCUACCAAGGGUCAGAUGUUACUGGGCAGAUGGUGGAAUACACCACUCUGCCUGGCACAAGCCGAAUAAACAGAAAUGUUCGUGGAAGCUUCAGCAAUGGCUGCUCCCAUCUCCACCAUAAGCUCCCCAGUGGAGUCAGCGGGAGCUUAAAUGGAGGACUCUACUCUGGGCGCACGAACUCUCUAACCAGGACACGUGUGGAUUUUGAACAUCCUCGUCAUCUAGUGAAUGGUGGUGGCCUGUACACGGCAGUACCUCAGACUGACCCGAUGGAGUGCAUUAGUUGUCGAAAUUGUCGGAACAACAAUAGGUGUUUCACCAAAACCAACAGCACUUUCAGCAGCAGCCCCCUUCCUGUGGUCCCAGUGGUAGCACCUUAUCCUCAGGAUGGUUUGGAAAUGAAGCCCCUCAUUCACAUGAAGAUGCCUGUAUGUCUGGCUUCCACAGUCACCGACUGUGGUCAGUCACCUGAGAAGGGCAUCAAAGAUGACAAGGCACGAAGACCUGCUCAGCAUAUUUGCUGUCAAGACAAUAGAAAUGAGACCAACUCUGAUUGUGUGGAAGUUGCAGCAGAGUUCAACAGAGGAGACAGUGGUGUGCCUUCAGAAACAGAGAACAAAAUUUUAAGUUGGAAUCCUCUUAUUUUGCCACCUGUUUCAAAGGACUGCGCUGAAAAGACACCAUGGUCUCCUCCUGGCAUUCCUGUAGACAGCCCUUCAGGGGUCCUUCAGCAAUCCCAGGAAACCUGAGGAUAUGUCAGUGCCUCGUCAUGUUUCCACUUCAAGCCAGUAACUGCACAAAACAGGCCUGGGGAUGGACUGUAUGAAGGACAUUAAUUGAAUUCAGAGAAAAAUCGUUAUUUAUUUUUUGUAGUAGUAAUGUCAUAUGAAUGUAUCUUAAAAUGUGUGCCCUUUUAUAUUAUUUAUGCCUUAAAAGUUUCCCUCCCUAUUUCUUCCUCCCCCUCAGUAGUAAACAACCUUGUUUGGCAUAGUUUUCAAUCAUAUGAGAGCAGUGGGAUCAUUCCACAUUGUCCAAGAGCCUCAGCGACAGUAAGAGCCCCUCCUACAAGGAUCCCACCUAUUGGCUGACUCAGCUAAGAGAGAAUUGCACAGGCCAUUGGAACUUUUCAGAUGGAAAGCUGUCUUUCACUAUCAUGUUAUCAGACUUUCUGAGAACAUUUGUAGUCAACCACAGUUGUAGCCUGAUGUUUGUAAUAGCAGAUGUCUUGUGAAUUUGA